ACGACACUUAACAUUAGACAACAACUCACAAACAACAACACAAACAACAACACGGUCGAGGCGGCGGGCUCCGUGCACGACAGCGGGACUUUGAGUGUGACGUGACGGGGAGGGGAAGCUGGAAUCCCCCCGCUGCUCCCACUGAACUGCAAGCAUUUCUGAUCCCCUUCGCUGCACACAGAAAACCCUGUUCUGAGUGACCAUGAUUGGGUACCACAACGCCUCAAGUGCCCUUACCCUCCUUGUCCUCCUGACAGGGGCUUCCUUCCUCCAUCUCUCCACCCCCAACCCGAUCAUCACCCCCGGAGAUAUCGAUAACCCACACAGAGAUACUCCUCCUGUAAAGGAUGAGGAAACACGAUCAAUACGGAAAGAAGAGGCAGAGGAAGAAGAGGAGCUCUUUAAAGAUGUUGAUCCCAAAACACUUGCAGCAGUUUUACUGGAGGCACUGAAUCGCUCACAAGAAGAGAAAAGGAGGGAGGGAGUGGAGCGCGGUGGGGUGGAGGAAGAAAUGAAGGCUGAGACGGGGGAGGUUAAAAAAGAAGAAGCUUACAGAGAAGUGAGGACAAUGGAGGGAGCAGACAGAGACAGAGACGGACGACAAGAGUUGGAGAUGCUGAUGGCUGCACAGGGGAAAGAGCGGGAAAAGCAGGAGGAAGAGGAGAGGAAGAAAGCUCAGGAGGAAGAAGAGAGGAUGACAGAAAAGGUGACCAGUCGUACCACAAGUCAGACAGUCCAGGUCCAAACAGAGCAGCAGCCCACUAGUCCAGAUGAAAGAGGGGGGAAAGGGCAAGGUGCCCCCCCACAGCAGGGACAGAACAGCCCCGAACAAAGCAGCAAUGAAGAGGAGGAGCAGCUCAGCCCAGAGGAGCUGAAGAACCUUGAAACCAUGAUGAAGGAAUUUCCUCGUUUGAAUACAGCAACAAAGAGGGAGGGCGAUUCAGAGCAAAACCAAAGAGAGAGCAGAGGUUACAGCAGCUACAACGACAUCAUACAAAUCAACAAAGGCAAUGACCUCGCCAUGUCGAAGAAAAAACUAAAAUGGCAAGAGGAGACGCAGAAAGGCCUAAACUUCCCAACAUUCAGGGGAGGCAACUUUAUGGAUGACUUUGAGGGGAAUAAUUAUGUCGGCAAUAAUGUAGAACAGUCCCAGCCUCCAGUAGAGCAGGAGGUGAUGGAAGAUGAUGAACCAGAGGAAGAGGAGGAAGAUGAGGAGGUGUUGAGUCCAGAAGAGGAGGAGGCUCGGGCUAAAGCAGAGCAAGAGGAGAUGAGGAGGCAAGCAGCUGAGGCACAGAGAGCCAAGAUGGAGGAGGAGAAGUUGGCUGACAUUGCUUCGGACAUGCUGCUGCGCUACAUGGUCAAACAGAACAACGGGAACAAGAAGUACAGCUCGUCUCUGUCCAACGCUGCUGAGGACAAGAGGUCUGAUGAGGAACAAGAAGUGACAGAAGAGGAUGACAUCGACCCUCAGACCAUUGACAAGCUGAUUGAGAUCUCCAACAAGCUUCACCUCCCUGCCGAUGACGUGGUGGACAUCAUCAGCGAUGUGGAGAAAAAGAAGAAGAAAGAUGUGCCACCUGAGAUGACAUCUCGUUGGCAGCGACCUCCAACUCCGUUGUCUUCUUCAUUCUCAUCAACCAAUGGGUUCUCAGAAUCACAGGUUCCAACCAAUCAAAAUAGCUUCCCCAUCUCAAAGCAACCCUCUCCAGCUGCCAGUCUCCUCAAAACAUGGCUGCAAGAGAAAUCGCAAACCAAAUCGCAGGAUCUUUGGAGCAAACCUGCAAAGCCUCUGCUGGCCAAUCCGAAUCGUUGGUCCAAACCUCAGAAGCCUCUGCCAAUCAAACAAGACCUCUGGCUCAAAUCACCCAAACCUGUUUGGACUGGCUACCCUUUGUACCCCUACGCAUACCCAUCUUAUUAUCAGAGAAAGCUGUACCCAGAUUACUACCCCAUCUAUUUCCCUCCUCCCCCAAGGCCCAAACCCCGUUACUACGUCCCCAAACCUUCUCUCACCCUUAACAACUACCUAGGAAAUUCCGUGGAUGAUGCCUAUUCUUUCCCCCCCAAACGCCGUUACCACAGCUGGGUCCAACCUCGACUGAGAACCCCCCCCUCAGGCCUCCAGCAGAGGCCCUACUACACCAGCUACAGGUUUCAGCCAGUACCCAUCCCCAAACCCCGGUCCGGUCCCCGAAUUCCUGCCAUCCCUCCCCAACAGAGGUUCUAUUACUCAGCCCCGGUGACACCUUCAGUGGCAAGAAAUGAAGAUUAUUAUGGAAAGCAGCCAGAAAACAACAACCAUGACGAUCUGGAGAAAUACAUUCAGCAGAUUCUCAUGAAGAGACCGAUGGUGGACUGA